UGCUUCAGUGAAACGACCUCCAAUGGCUGUCGGUGAGGUGAUGCACAUGUCUUCGCGCUGAAUAACUUUCACUCCGGGACACAUAGGGGGGACUCACAUGCAAAAUGUCUCGCCACAGAAAUGUUCGAGGUUACAACUACGAUGAAGACUUUGAAGAUGACGACAUGUAUGGACAGUCUGUGGAGGAUGACUACUGCAUUUCACCAGCAACAGCCAAUCAGUUCAUCUAUUCACGCCGAGAGCUUCAAGCACCUAAAGAGGAGCCUCUGGAGGAGGAAGAAUAUGAAGAUGAGGAUGUUCCCAUGUCCCCUUGUGUUGACUUCAACCUUGACCCUCUUAAUCAAGCGAAGCUGUUCUCCUGUCUGGACCACAUGCGAGCAGUACUGGGAGAUGCAGUGCCAGACUCCGUCCUGACCCAGGCUGCCAUGAAACACGGAUUUGAUCCACAGAGGGCUCUGGAUGCAGUGCUGUCUGAAGACAGUAAAACAGCACCGGUUACCAGAAGUGCAGCAGAAGACAUGCCGUCAGUGGGCCGAGUUGCACAAGAGCAGACGCCUCUUCCACAGAGAACCAAGCAGGAGGCCGUUGCUGAGAAAGGAGCCUGCUUGUUUCACACAGACAACACACCCAAGGCACACAAAGCUACACAACCAAGUGAAAUCAAUAUGCAGAACAUCUUAUUGCAACAUAAACCUGACCCGGUGAAAAGCAACUCUGUCAAGGAAAACAUUCACCCUGAAAGUUCUCAUUUAGGCAUCAGCUGUGGUACCAGUUUGGCUCAGCUCAUGUCUGAGCAUGAGCAGAAGAGUAAAACAGGAGUGAGUGAUACAGGGCGAGGGGUGGCUGUUUCCUCCUUGAGCACUUUAACAUCAGCAUCUAAUUCCCAACUGACAACUGCGUCUAACAGGAGUGGUUUUUCACUUGGAACGCUGGCAUCUUUACAAAUGACUUCAACACCACAAACACCAACUCCCUCCAUCCUUUCUGUCUCACUCGCAAAAAGCAGAGAUGCAGCUCCCGAUAAACUGGACUCCGAAGUGGUUCCCAAAGUCGCCAGAAUGACCGUCUCUGGCAAGAAGCAGACUAUGGGCUUCGAUGUUCCCAGCUCAGGGGAAAACGGCGUUGUCGCCAGCCCAGCACGGCGAGGUGACAGCCCUGAAAACACCAAGGCGACUCCGGUCCCCGAGGCCGCACCCAAACGACCAGAGACCCCAUCCAAAGCGUCAAAUGGAGACGAGAUCUCUGCCUCUGCUACACCAGGACGCUCCUCCGGAAAGACGCGGCAUGCGAUCAACAUCAAGGCAGAGCUGGAGAGGAGACAAGGGGGCAAACCUCUGUUAAAUUUAGUAGUUAUAGGUCAUGUGGAUGCAGGUAAGAGCACCCUAAUGGGCCACUUGCUUUAUCUGCUGGGAAACGUCAACAAGCGCACCAUGCACAAGUACGAACAGGAGUCGAAAAAGGCUGGAAAGGCCUCCUUUGCCUAUGCCUGGGUUCUGGAUGAAACUGGCGAGGAGAGGGACAGAGGGGUGACAAUGGAUGUGGGCAUGACGAAGUUUGAGACAAACUCAAAGGUGGUGACUCUAAUGGACGCUCCGGGACACAAAGACUUCAUUCCCAACAUGAUCACAGGCGCUGCACAGGCUGAUGUCGCGGUGCUCGUGGUGGACGCCAGCAGAGGAGAGUUCGAGGCAGGCUUUGAAGCAGGGGGUCAGACCAGAGAGCACGCCCUGCUGGUGCGUUCGCUGGGUGUCACUCAGCUGGCUGUCGCUGUAAACAAGAUGGACCAGGUAAACUGGCAACAGGAGCGUUUCCAAGAAAUCAGCUCAAAACUUGGCCAUUUUCUGAAGCAGGCAGGAUUCAAGGAGUCCGAUGUUUUCUUUGUCCCCACCAGCGGCCUCUCAGGAGAAAAUCUCACUGCAAGAAGCACAGUAUCAGAGCUGACAUCUUGGUACAGCGGACACAGCCUGCUGGAGCAAAUUGAUGCAUUCAAAGCCCCUCAACGGUCAAUAGACAAACCUUUCAGACUGUGCGUCUCAGAUGUGUUCAAAGAUCAGGGCUCAGGCUUCUGUGUUACAGGGAAGAUUGAGGCUGGUUUUAUUCAGACAGGAGACAAAAUACUGGCAAUGCCUCCCAAUGAAACCUGCACAGUUAAAGGAAUCACUCUUCACGAUGAGGCGCUGGACUGGGCUGCAGCCGGAGACCACGUCAGCCUCACAGUCACUGGAAUGGACAUCAUCAAGAUUAAUGUCGGCUGUGUGUUCUGUGAUCCCAAGGAGCCGAUUCGAGUCUGUACUCGAUUCAGAGCCAGAAUCCUGCUCUUCAAUAUCGAGGUUCCCAUCACACAAGGCUUUCCAGUACUGUUGCAUUACCAGACAGUCAGCGAGCCGGCCACUAUUAAGAAACUAAUCAGCGUUCUGCACAAGAGCAGUGGUGAAGUCCUAAAGAAGAAGCCAAAGUGUUUGAGUAAGGGUAUGAAUGCGGUUGUGGAGAUUCAGACCCAGAGGCCAGUGUCAUUAGAGCUAUACAAGGACUAUAAAGAACUGGGCCGCUUCAUGUUGAGAUACGUUGGCUCCACCAUCGCUGCAGGUGUCGUCACAGAGAUCAAAGAAUGAAGGUCAUUUCCACGAAAAAGAGCCAUUCAGAUCGUGCUCGGCAGCAUUCCUGCAGCCAGAGACACUGAGCAGUUCUUCCAAGAGAUGCCACUCACUGAGUCAGAGUACCAUUUUUAUCCAUCCUGUUCUCCCAUAUCUCUGCGGCGGCUGCUUGACCCGACCAUCACGAUCAACACUAACUUCACCCAGCAAGCACCUUUCUAAUAAAGUUAAUACAGUAAUAAGAAAUCAGACCAAUUCUGCUUAAGAUAUUCACACCGAAGGAGCUGCAGCUGAUUAUUAUCCCUGACUGAUGUGGUCUUCUCCUUUAUUCAGCUUCAUGAACAAGUAAAAAUGUAUCUCUCUGUAUUUCAAUAUAAUUCAGUUUACAGCAGCUAUUUUUUUCAGGUUUUUCUAUUCAAAAAUUUAUGUCGAGGUUCAAAAAUACAUCAGCUUGGAAACAAUGAAAAGAAAAAGCAGUUUCUUAUGCUAAAAAUAUGUUUGCAUAUUAAGUUUGCUCAGGGGUCGCGGGUGGUGAACAGCAUUUGAAUGGUUUUUAGUUUAAACAAAAAAGGGUUAUCUAAAAGAAGACACAAGAUAAUUCAAAUGCUUCUUUAAAUGAACAGUAAGGCAUCAACUAAAGGGCUUUUUUGUUUUCAUUUUUACUUCAUCUGGAGGUUAAAUUAUUUUAGUUGAAAACAAUGUGAAAUGAACUCUGCAUCAGCUGCUUGUGGUUAAUAUUUUGACUUAAAGACUGAAUCUACUAUAAAAUGGCAACAGAAUAAUGGCAUCAAAGGUUUUGCUGUCACAAACAAAAAGGCAUAAAAGUCAGUUUCAGACUCAUUUGAAUAAAUAUGUUCAGCACUUGGAAAUAUGCUGGGUUUACCGCUUGCCUUCCUUCACUAAACUGGAAACCAGCAUAAAAAGACAUCAUAGUUACCACCAACAGCAUCCAGAAAAUUGAACAGGCUAUGUAUUUCCAGGGUAAAUAAAUUUCAACAUGUCUAAUUUUUUGA